GUACAUCGAUUCGAUUUUGUUGCCUCUCCUCCUUAGCUACAACCCAAAAAAAAAAAAGAGAGAGCUAAGAUUAAAAAAAAAAGGUUCCGACGAAACAAUCUCUCAGAUUCUCCGGCAUGUCAUCAACGGAGAGACUCGAUCAGGAAUCGAUCGACACCUUCAUGAGCAUCACCGGCGCUCCCGAAGCAGUCGCCGUCCGGGAACUCGAGGAGCAUCGUGGUGAACUCAACAGAGCUGUUAAUGCAUAUUUCAGCAAAGGAGAUCGAAAUAUGGUACCUGAAGCAUCGGUGAAUGUCCCUCAGGAUGAUGCAAUGGAUAUCGAUGAUGAUGAUGAUGUGAUUCCUUCUACACGAAGAGAACCUCCUCUAUCGCUUCUCUCUGCUGCUAGAACAAUGGGACCCUUUUCGCUUCUGGAGUCAAAUUUCGGUAGAAGUUUUUUCGAGAAUGAUCCUCUCGUGUCACAUGCACCAUUUGUUACGCAUCCAAGAGAGGUCAGGCAGAUACCGAUAGAGGUUAAGGAUAGCAGUGAGCCAUCUGGUCGGUCAAGCGACGCUCCUACUAUCGAGGAUGUGUCCGGGACAGCGCAUGCUCAGGGGUCAGCUGUCCAAGGGACAGUCAUUAUAGACGAAGAGAGUGAUGAAGAUAUUCAUGCUGCACCAAGAGGACAAAGUGGGCAUGUGAGAGCCACCGUACCUGCACGUGAUAAUUUUCAAGAGUACAAUGAUAUAGAAGAAGAAAUGAUCCGGGCUGCCAUUGAGGCUUCGAAAAAGGAGGCAGAGGGAUCGAGAAAUCCAUCUACUGGAAAUGAUGACAUAGCUGAAAGUGCCACAAUGUCCUUGAAGUCUGCGGAGGAAGAAGAAGUUUUGCGGAACCAAGGCUCAAAGGCUUCAAUAUCAGAAGGAGGAACUUCUAAAGUGACUGUACCCGAGCUGCAGAAUACACAAACCGUGAAUGGAAGAUCGGCAUCACCUGGCUCACCGUUGGAGGAUGACUCUGAUGAUGUCGAGGACCAACCUCUUGUUAGGCACAGGUCGAGGCAUGGGGCCUCUGGCUCUCAGGCUCCACAUAACUAUGACCAUUCUCGCAGCCCUGAAGUAGAACAUGCAAGUAGCCAUCCACCCGAUAGUGGUAAUGGUUUUGCUUCUGAGUGGGGAGGUAUCUCUUCCGAGGAACAUGAUGAAGCUGUCAUGCUCGAGGCUGCAAUGUUUGGUGGCGUACCUGAGAGUGGGUACAAUUUCCCUUAUGCAUAUCGCCAGCACAGGGCAUUCCGCCCGCCAUCGCCUUCAUUGACGGCUCAGAGAUUGAUACGAGAACAACAGGAUGACGAAUAUAAUGCAUCACUCCAAGCUGACAGAGAGAAAGAGAUGAAAGCCAUCAGGGAAGCUGAGGCUCGUCGGUUUGAGGAAGAAGCUGCCAAAAAGAGAAACGAGGAAGAAGCUCGGAGAAAACUGGAGGAGGAACAGGAGCUGGAGAGACAACUAGCUGCAAAAGAAGCGUCUCUGCCUCAGGAACCGCCCGCAGACGACGAAAAUGCCAUGAACCUUCUUGUCAGGAUGCCCGAUGGCAGCCGUCGUGGCCGCCGUUUUCUCAAAUUUGAUAAACUCCAAUCUCUUUUCGACUUUAUAGACAUUGGCAGAGUGAUGAAGCCCGGCACUUACAGACUGGUGAGGCCAUACCCAAGGCGUCCUUUCAGCCAAGGGGAAAGCGAGUUGACUCUGAGCGAUGCCGGGUUGACUAGCAAACAAGAAGCACUGUUCCUGGAGCUGAUUUGAAGUUAAAUUUUUUAAUCCCUUCAAUUCGAAUCAUAAUGGUACCAUAUAUAUAUGAAGCAGCUCUACAACUUUUUUAUAUAAUAAUAUCUUAAAGUUUUUAUUUAUUUAUUUA